UUAAAGAGGGGCGGGCGCUCGGGAGGGAGGGGGAAGAGAGAGAGAGAGAGAGAGAACAAGCUGAGUGUGUGUGGGUGAGAGAGAGAGAGAGAGUUUCCCCUCCCCAGGUAGGACAGUCGGUUACAGACAGAGACAGAGAGGCACUUUACUAAAUACAGGCUGAGGGCUGGUACAAAUUGUGUCUUUCAGGCCUGGAAAUGCGGUCGCCUCGUUCCAAUGAGUGAGGCAUCCUGUAAACUUGGCGAAGGUUUCAAACUGCCCCUAAAUUAGCGGGGGCAAGGGGGCGGAAAGUGACCCCCCACCCCACCCCACCAAGAAACCCCCAUGUAACAGUUGGGGAAAGAGUUUCAGCAAAGCUGUUUCCUCCCCUUCCCUGCAAUUUCGACGGAAAGAAGCAUUGAAGGGACAACUCUCGCUUCUUCUUCUCUCUCUCCUCCUCCACCUUCCUCCUCCCCCCCCCCCCCCCCUCCCCUCCACCCACCCCCCUAGAAUGACGUCUGGGGUAAAUCUGAAAUCGAACCCGGCUUUGGUGCCCCGAGUCGAGGAGCGAAGACGCCGCAGUCCCCUGGAUCAUUUCCCCCCUCCGGCCAACUCCAACAAACCGCUGACCCCCUUCAGCAUCGAGGAUAUCCUGAACAAGCCGUCGGUGAAAAAAACAUCCCAUCUCUGUUCCGCCAACCACCCGGGCGGGCCCGAGAAGGUAUCGGGUCCCGCGGUGGUCAGGAACGGGCUGCUGUCUGAAGCCUCGCCUCUCUGCGCGCUGGAAGAACUUGCCAGUAAAACUUUCAAGGGUCUGGAAUUGAGUGUGAUACAAGCGGCCGAAGGCCGAGAUCAUGUCACCACGUUUGGCCAAAGGCAGCCCUCGAAGAAGAGACGGAAGUCCCGCACAGCCUUCACCAACCAUCAGAUUUACGAGCUGGAGAAGAGGUUCCUUUAUCAGAAGUACUUGUCCCCCGCCGACAGGGAUCAAAUUGCCCAGCAGCUGGGCCUGACCAACGCCCAGGUGAUAACGUGGUUCCAGAACCGGCGGGCCAAGCUGAAGCGGGACCUGGAGGAGAUGAAAGCCGACGUGGAGUCCCUGAAGAAGCUGCCGCCCCAGCAGCUGGAGAGACUGGUUCACAUGGAGGUGUUCCCCGAGGACGGGGCCGGCUCCAAGUGCGAGACCACGGACCUCUCCCCCAAACCGUCCCCGGCGCCUGGACUCGGGCCCUUUCCCAAUUCGCCGCAGUGUUCCUCCAGGGAUCAGACUACUGACGAGUUCUCUGAAGACGAGGAAAUUGAAGUGGACGAUUGACUGAGAUGAAGCCAAAACUACAUUUGAGUAUCUUUAAGUGAGGAACGGGGGGGGGAACGACACAGAGAGCGGACUCUGCCAGUGAAUGGGAAGAAGACACACAUGGAUUUAACUGCUUUCAACUUCUGUGAAAAUAAAGCAAUUUCUUCGUGUCCCUUUUUAAACUUUUUGACAUUGGAAUCUCUGCACGUUGUUGAAUCUCUCCGAAGGAGCAAGUACAGUCGGACACAAGGCGAUACAGACUUUCUCCUCCGCCUUGUAUGUAAGAAGUUCUAUCCGGUUUAAUUUCUUUGGACGGGGAAAUGAGUGCAAUUCUAUACAUACAUUAACUUGUUUUUCUGGGUUUGUUUUUUGUUUGUUUGUUCAUUUAAUUUGACCGGUCAGAAUCCUGGACUAAGUCCCCACUGCUCAGCAGACCCAGCCUCCUGUUCAUAAUCUCUUUCACAAAAAAAAGUGUUCACAUAGGCUGAAGAUUAAUACACGUGGUUAAUUUAUCUUCGAGGAAAGCAAGACCCACUUUAUUUUUUUCUCUCUCACAUGCUUUCCUUCCCCAUUUAGAAAAUGGAAUCCGUAUUGCAAAAGUUGCUGUACACUUUAACCCCAAAGCUGCUCUUGAAAAACACAAAAAAAAUCCCCAGUUCUGUUUCGUUAUCUCUCGCAGCAACUUUGAAAUUACCAAACCUAAUCGAGUGCAUCCUUUAAGUUAUUAAAGUAUUAUUAAACUGACGGGAUUGGGGGUGGGAGUGGGGUUGGGGGAGUUGGAAUCGCGGGAUGAAAUGGCUGUGUGUAUAUAUUUUGAAUAAAGACAGAAGAGCCGAACUAUAGCAAGCUAAUAUGCCCUGCUCUUUCUUAAAAACAACAGCAGCAGCAAGGAGAAACAAUGGUUCCAACCUAUGCAGGUCUCGCUGAGAAAAUUGUAGGUUCAAGCCUAG